AUGACUAAUGAUACUACCAAUAUUGCUACUAAUACUACUGAUGCCCCAAUUGAUUCGUCCAGUCCAUUGUAUAUACAUCCAUCUGAUAAUCCGGGUGCAAUGCUUGUACCAAAUACUUUUGAUGGAACUGGUUAUAGAUCAUGGAGAAGAGGUGUACUACGUUCUUUGUCAGUAAAGAACAAGCUUGGAUUCAUCAAUGGCAAGUGCGAGAAGCCGACCACUGAACUCUGGAGGGAAUUGAAGGAUCGAUAUGAUCAAACCAAUGGUGCGAAGCUAUAUCAAAUUCAAAAGGAAAUCAAUGAUUUGUCACAGGGAAUUUUGGACAUAACUGUACGAGGCAACAUUUUGAUGAUGAAUCCAUUACCCUCUUUGCCACAAACCUUUUCAUUGCUGGUCCAGGAUGAAAGGCAAAGAGAAAUCAGACCUGGUAACCAACUAGGCACUGCCUCCACAUCUCUUAGUGCUAGUGUUUCAAGAUCUGGGGGAUAUAAUGCAAACAAUGGUACUGUUUCUAGGCCAAGUUAUGAUGCAUCUGGGGUGGAAGUGGUUUUAGAACCAAUUAUUCUUCAAAUCCUCUAA